AUGAAGGGCUUGAACUUGAUUGGUUCAGGUGUUGUUUUCCAUGUCCCAUCAUUCUUUAGCGAGCUCAAAGAACUUGAUGAGAAAGGCCUCCCCCGAGUUUAUGAUCGCAUCCUCGUCUCGGACCGGGUUCACAUUAACUUGGACCUUCACCUUGCUGUCGAUGGCCUUGAAGAAAUUGAGCUUGGAGAGAAUAAAAUUGGAACCACAGGCCGUGGAAUUGGCCCAUGUUACAGUACAAAGGCUGCCCGAAGUGGAAUCCGAUUAGCAGAGGUCUUCAAAGCCGAGCUGUUUGAGUCAAAACUUCGGCGACUUGCAUCAGGCUUCGCCAAGAGAUACGGGGACUUACUGAGGUAUGACGUUGAGGACGAAAUCGCCCGUUUUAGAGAAUAUCGUCCGAAGCUUGCCAGAUUCGUCGUCGAUGCCGUGUCCUUCAUGCGGUCUGCGCAAGAGAAGAACAUGAACAUACUUGUGGAGGGUGCCAACAUGUCAGGCAUUAACAAUACGACACGAGUUGGGAUGGGCAGCUUCAAAACGGAAGAUCUUGGAGAGGGACGUCCACUGGUCGACGGCGUCGUUGUGGUUGGUAGGCUCGAUCUUGUGGUCAUGCGAUACAGCAUAGCUAUCAAUUAUUACACAGCACUUAACCUAACUAAGCUGGAUGUGCUGGAUUCAUUCGAGACGAUUAAGAUCGCUGUGGCGUAUAAGAACCCCGAAACCGGCGAAGAGUUGGCUUCAUACCCUACGGAUCCCGAUAUUCUCGAUCAAGCUCAGGUGGUUUAUCACGAGAUGCCAGGAUGGAAGAGACCGACCACGAACGUGAAGACCUUUGAUGAUCUUCCCAAGCAGGCGCAGGACUAUGUCGAGUUCAUUGAAAGCUUCGUUAGAGUGAAGGUGAAAUGGAUUGGUACCGGCCCUGACCGGGAGAGUAUGAUAGAGAAAUCAGUUGUAUAA